AGAAGCUAAGAUCAGAAUGCCAGAUCCAGGGACCAGGGCAGCAAAUCCAGGCUGAUAUCACGGUCAUGGACAGAUCAAGGAGAACAAGCACAAAAACAAGCUGGAGCGGCUCAUAGCUCUUACUGAAAGCUAAGAGAAAACCUUCCUGGAGGGAGGAGACUCCAUGUACUACAGGCAGGGCUCCGCCAAGGAGCAAGCAGUCCAGGAACUGCCCUGCCUGGUUUCAAGAGCUGUAACCCAUGUCCCCCACCUGCCCAUGGCUAAGGCUGAAUUUGUCCUGUGAGUCCCUGUCGCUUCUGUUAGAACUUGGAGUUUUUUCUACUACCCAUCACGAGGACCCUCUCUCAGGAGAUAUCAUUUGAUGUAAGAGCUGCACAUACAAGGGACUUGCUGAACAUGGACCUCAGUGAAACAUGGCCUUUGGAGGAAGGAACCUGGUUGUCUCAUGCUGGAAUUCAUCAUUUUGCCAACACCAGAGCAGACAGUGAGUUUGUGGAAGCUUCUCCCGCGCCCUACAGCUCGGAGGAGUUAGGUCUGCCUCCUGCUUGUUACAGUCCCAGUAGUCCUGGCCAGAUUCUAGAAGAACCUAACUACUUUUUCCCGGACUUUCCACUCUAUGCUGGGAGGCAUGAAGCACCUGCUUUGACGGUGGAGCCAAACGGUGCCAUCAGGGAAAAAGUUGUUGAGGAUCCUCUUUGUAACUUCCACUCCCCGAACUUCCUGAGGAUCUCAGAGGUGGAAAUGAGAGGUUCCGAGGAUGCGGCAGCUGGAACAGUAUUGCAGCGGCUGAUCCAGGAACAACUGCGGUAUGGCACCCCGACCGAGAACAUGAACUUGCUGGCCAUUCAGCACCAGGCCACAGGGAGUGCAGGACCAGUCCACCCUACAAACAACUUUUCUUCCACGGAAAACCUCACUCAAGAAGACCCACAAAUGGUCUACCAGUCGGCACGCCAGGAACCGCAGGGUCAAGAACACCAGGUGGACAAUACGGUGAUGGAGAAACAGGUCCGGUCCACGCAGCCUCAGCAGAACAACGAGGAACUGCCUACUUAUGAGGAGGCCAAAGCACAGUCCCAGUUCUUUAGGGGGCAGCAGCAGCAGCAACAGCAGCAGCAGGGGGCUGUAGGUCAUGGUUACUACAUGGCAGGAGGCAACAGCCAGAAGUCCCGGACUGAGGGGAGGCCCACGGUGAACCGUGCCAACAGUGGGCAGGCACACAAGGAUGAGGCACUGAAAGAACUGAAGCAGGGCCAUGUCCGCUCUCUCAGUGAAAGAAUCAUGCAGUUGUCAUUGGAGAGGAACGGUGCUAAGCAGCACCUCCCUGGCUCAGGGAGUGGCAAGGGCUUCAAGGCAGGAGGGGGACCCUCCCCAGCCCAGCCUGCAGGUAAAGUGCUGGACCCCCGGGGCCCUCCACCCGAGUACCCCUUCAAGACCAAGCAAAUGAUGUCCCCGGUCAGCAAGACCCAGGAGCAUGGACUUUACUACAGCGACCAGCACCCUGGUAUGCUCCACGAGAUGGUCAAGCCUUACCCUGCUCCUCAGCCCGCGAGAACAGAAGUGGCCGUCCUGAGGUACCAGCCGCCCCCAGAGUACGGGGUGACGAGCCGCCCAUGCCAACUUCCUUUCCCAUCAACAGUGCAGCAGCACAGCCCGAUGUCCUCCCAGAACUCCUCCGUCAGUGGGCCCCUGCACUCCACUUCCUUGCCACUCCCACUUCCGGUGACCCUGGCAGCACCCCAGCCCCCGCCUGCUGCCUCCCCCAGCCAGCAGCUUGGUCCAGAUGCGUUUGCGAUUGUGGAGCGAGCCCAGCAGAUGGUGGAGAUACUGACAGAGGAGAACCGGGCGCUUCACCAGGAACUUCAGGGUUACUAUGACAAUGCUGACAAGCUCCACAAGUUUGAAAAAGAACUUCAGAGAAUUUCAGAAGCCUAUGAGAGUCUGGUCAAGUCUACCACUAAGCGAGAGUCACUGGACAAGGCGAUGAGAAACAAACUGGAGGGCGAGAUUCGAAGACUUCAUGAUUUCAACAGAGACCUCCGAGACCGCCUGGAGACUGCCCACAGGCAGCUGUCCAGCAGGGAGUAUGACGGGCACGAGGACAGAGCUGUGGAGGGCCUCUAUGCUUCCCAGAAUAAAGAGUUCUUAAAGGAAAAGGAGAAGUUAGAAAUGGAGUUAGCGGCAGUGAGGACUACAAGCGAGGACCACCGGAGACACAUUGAAAUCCUGGACCAGGCUCUGAGCAAUGCCCAGGCCCGGGUCAUCAAGCUGGAAGAGGAGUUACGAGAGAAGCAAGCCUAUGUCGAGAAAGUUGAGAAGCUGCAGCAGGCUCUGACCCAACUGCAGUCUGCCUGUGAGAAGCGAGAGCAGAUGGAGCGGAGACUUCGGACCUGGCUGGAGAGAGAGCUGGACGCCCUGAGAACCCAGCAGAAACACGGAAACAGCUCGCCAGCCAGCAUGCCGGAAUACAAUGCCCCGGCCCUUAUGGAACUCGUGAGGGAGAAGGAGGAACGGAUCCUGGCCCUGGAGGCCGACAUGACCAAGUGGGAGCAGAAGUAUCUGGAGGAGAGCACCAUCCGGCACUUCGCCAUGAACGCUGCAGCCACUGCGGCCGCUGAGAGGGACACCACGAUCAUCAACCACUCGAGGAGCGGCAGCUACGGCGAGGGCUCGCUGGAGGCCCACAUCUGGCAGGAGGAGGAGGAGGUGGUACAGGCCACCAGGAGGUGUCAGGACAUGGAGUACACCAUUAAGAACCUCCACGCCAAAAUCAUAGAGAAGGACGCCAUGAUUAAGGUCCUUCAGCAGCGAUCUCGUAAAGAUGCCGGCAAGACGGACUCCUCGAGCCUGCGGCCGGCCCGCUCCGUCCCUUCCAUUGCUGCAGCCACAGGGACCCACUCCCGCCAGACCUCUCUCACCAGCAGCCAGUUAGCUGAGGAGAAGAAGGAAGAGAGAACCUGGAAGGGAAGCAUAGGACUGCUGCUGGGGAAGGAGAACCAUGAACACGCUUCCGCCCCCGUACUGCCCGCCCCGCCUGCCUCGGCACUGUCCCCCACAGUGCCCACCACAUCGGCCAGCAGUGCCCAUGCUAAGACGGGCAGCAAGGACAGCAGCACCCAGACAGACAAGAGCACUGAACUCUUCUGGCCCAACAUGGCCUCCUUGCCCAACCGCGGCAGACUGGGCAUGACCCCUUCCAACAGCCCGGUCCUGAAACACCCAGCGGCCAAAGGGACAGCAGAGAAACUGGAGAGCUCUCCUGGCCAUGGGAAGUCACCUGACCACAAAGGCCGCGGCAGCAGCCUGCUGCACAAGCCCGAGUUCCCCGACGGGGAGAUGAUGGAAGUCCUCAUCUGAUGCUGGCAUCCCUGUUGAGUUCGGGAACCGAUGUUGAGAAGCAAACAAAGAAUGUGUCAAAGAGGGAGCAAAAUGAUCAGGAAGGUUGUUGAUGGACAAUCAGGAAUGAUUGGAACUGAUAAAGAUGUCAGAUUAGUGAGAACACUUUUUGUAAAUGUUAAAAAAUCGGGACACCUACCUGACUGAAGAUGAAGAGAAUGCUGUGGACUUUUAUUGCGUGUGGUGGAAGAGAGACGGUGCAUGUAGGUUUGGAAACAAGAAAUGGGAAAUAGAAUCUUCAUUGUACAGAAAAUGUAUCUCAUGGGGAGGGUCUGUGUACACCCAUUUUCUGGUUAUAAAUGGAUAAACCUGAACGUGAAUCUUCCUUGGAAUACCCCCAUUCUCCUUGCCUUUUAGCAUCUUUUGGUUUCAGAAGAACCUCCUGGAAACCCCUGGGAGCCCAUCUGGGCUUUGCCCGUGGGGUCCUGGGCUGUGACAAAGUAAGCUGGGACUGACUCUCCUAAACGGCUCUGUGGUGGGCAUUGAGCCUUGUGCUUCGCGUUGGUCACCUCUUUUGGUCCCAGGCUAAGUGUUGCUCAGUAUUGUGCAGCCUGGGAAAGCGGAACAGUUCUGCGGCGAGUAGAACUGUUAUAGUUCCACUAUAUUGCCCGUGCCCUCCACGGGGUGUCCUGGGAAUGUGUGUGUGUGUGUGUGUGUGUGUGUGUGUGACACGAGCUGGACGCUACGGGGCGACAGGGCGUCUGGAACAUGGUCCUCACCGAAUCACCUGCCUGGCUUGGGUUUUGCAGGAGAUUUUGGGGCUGCUUAGCUUUUGUGGACUCGGCCGUGCUUUGUAAACUGAGCGGGAGCAUCAUGGUCUUGGUGCUCAUCCUUCCCAGUUUCCCUGACUUCAUCCCUGUUUUUGCUUCACUUUCUUUCAUUUCACUCUUUCUUCCUUUCACUGUUUUCUAAACUUUAAAAUGACAGAAGAGGUCCAUAUUUAUCAGAGCGGUGUCUGAAGUGUCUCCGUCCUGCUGUGUUCCGCAGUGACAGGUGGGACAGAGCCAGAGGCUGGCUUCCCAGCUGCUCCCUGGGCCGUGGCUGCUCACGCCGCACUGACUGCGCUGGGGAGGCCGUGGCGAGGCUGUGGUGAGGCAGGAGACCUGUGGCCAGUGACAUCUUGCAUUAAGGUCAUGGCCCUGGCUUUUUUCUCUCCCACAUGAGCUCUUUUGCAUGGGGCUGAGUACUUGCACCCUGUCACUCUGUGGGGGUAAGACUUUCAGGACAGCACCCCAGGAAGCAAACGGCGCUGGACUUGGUGGCGCCCAGAAUCUCACCAGGCACCUGGUAUGCUUUCUAGAGUUGUGGUUCUGGAGCACGUUCCACACUCUCCCCGCCCCUCACACUGCCCUGGUCGCUGUUGACGAGCACACACACUUUCGUCACCAUCAGCGCAUGUGUGUUCAGUUUUCUCCAUCGGGAACUUGCUUUGGAACCUAACAGGCCAGUUAUAUAUGCGGUUUGGUCUGAUUUCUCACGAUUUCAGUUUGAGGCAAGGUUAUCCAAAGUAAGAUGAAAAUACCACGUUGAAGAGCCAGGAGUGAGUGUGGCGGCAGGCCCCUUGUCCCUGGGCUUGAGGGUUCACAUCUGACUGCUCCGACGAGGGGCCUUCCUGACAAAUCUGGGAGGCGCCGGGUCCGGAAAGAGGUGCAGUGGCCAGGCUGUCGGAAGUUUUUGCAGGGUCCUGCUGUCUCUCGCUCCAGGCCAUCUGGAUGGUCCCUUUCCUCACCUACCUUAAGGAAGGAAAGAAAAGCCCUGGCUCCGAAUGAAGCCUCACCUAAAGGAAGCUUGGGCCUCAGCACUGUCCAGGAGGUUUGGCUUAGGGAGCUUAUUUUAGGGUUGGUCUUUAGAGUGUAACCUGGGUGGAGUUAGAGCCUCCCCAAAUUGAGGAGUUUGAAGGGUGACAGAAAGCACUAAAGGGGGAGGGUUAAAACUAGACCUUUGCCCGUGGGGUCCUGGGCUGUGACAAAAUAAGCUGGGACUGACUCUCCUAAACGGCUCUGUGGUGGGCAUUGAGCCUUGUGCUUCGCACUGGUCACCUCUUUUGGUCCCAGGCUAAGUGUUGCUCAGUAUUGUGCAGCCUGGGAAAGCGGAACAGUUCUGCGGCGAGAAGCUCGCUAAAUGCCCGGGGAUGUGGGGAGAGGGCACAGAGGCCCCACUAGUGAGGAAAAGGUUGCUGUGCAUAGGACAGAGGGUCGCCAUUCCAAUCUCUGCUCUCAUCACUUUUUAUGGGUGAUGUGGUUCAGUAGGUGGCACUCCCCAUUAAUGUUGGGGUGCACCAGGAAGGAAAGAAAGUAUCUAGAGGUAGGAAGGCAAGUUGCCUCUGCCAGCCCCACCCCCCUCGCCCAUGUCUGGGCCACCCCAAACUUAGUCUGUCUCCCCUAGAAGUGGGUGAGAGGGAGAUCCGCAGCCCAGCUUCCCCCAGACUUCCCCUCCAUGCUCUAGCUCCCCUCAGUGCCCCCCCCAUCACUGGGCGGCACACGUGCCUCUGACCCCCCUGGGUUGCCAGGCUGUGCUAGUUGUCAGCAAGCACGGACGUCACCAUGUCUCAGUUGUGCUAUGGCCUUUGCCAAUCUCUUUUUUAUUCUAACCUGCCAAGACUCUUCCAUAAGAGAGGGUAUCUAUAGCUUUAAAAACUCUUCUUUUAUGGGAGAUUUCCUGCCACGCCAGGGCCCCUGACACUUCACAUUCGUUGCUUUCUUGCUUGCAUGUAGGAAAAAGGGGUUGCCAGUCCUGAGCACCCACUGUGCAUUCCGGGCAGUUUACAUCCGAUGAUCUCAUUUGAUUUUCAGAAGAAAUAAUAGCAGCUCUAGUUUUGAGUGCUGACUGUGUGGUAAGCACCUUUUAAUGAGUCCUCCAGACACCUGGAAGCGGGGUCAAGUUUAUUCUUUAUUCUCCUGUUUCACGGGAGGAAACUGGGGCUCAGGGAGCAAGUCCCUUCCUAGAGUCCCGCAGCCAGGAGGAGCUGGGGUCUGAGCCACGGGUUGAGAGGGGAGCUGGGCUGCCUCUGACGGUGCCACGCUCGGCCCACUCUCUCCCCCAUCUGUGAUGUGCAUGUGCGUGCACACAGCUGCCCCACUCUCAGGAGCUAAGAAAUAGGAAUAGGCCCAGAAUGCCUUGAAUUGCCCACAAACACCAGGCCUAGGUGGAAUUCUUUGUGUUCCGUUACACACAUGGCCACAAAACCAUGUACAAAACACUUGUGCAUUGUCCAGAGGCCUGGACUUCUGAAGCUCCUGGUGGAGUCUGAUUAUGGAACUUACAGGUCCCAUCAGUGUGAAGGGCAAAGGCUUUGGCUUUGUGUGGAGACAUGUCAGAGUAAUUCUGCUUCCUUCUUAAAUGUGCUGUCGGGCAGCUUCUGUGUGCUGCCUAGGGACUAGGAGGUGUCUCUGGAUUCCAGCAACUAAUUUCAGUGCCUGUGCAUUUUCUUCUGUUUUUCUUCUGUUUCCCAGAGGUUGGCAGCUAAGGAUGGUGUUGAGUUCAGCCUGUUCCGAGCAGGCAUGCAGGACCAGGCCGCCACGUCCCUCCCAGGGCACUGAUUGAAGGGCAGAGAGUGCUGGGGCCUCCUCUCUUCGGUUCUGCAGGGCUUGCUCUUUGGAGUUCAUGUAUGAACUUUACUGCACGGGGCUUGGAUUGGAUACGGGAACAGUCGCUCCAAAUGAGUUGUGAACUCAAACAAUUCGGUGGUUGUGUUGCUCUGGGAAGAGGCUGUCAGGACACCCCCUGCAGAGAAGCCGGCCCUGCUGUUUGUUCAGCCAUCUGUACCCACAGGAGGCAGUGGCUGAUGGGCUGGGGGUUCUCCACUGCAGCAGCCCACUGAGUCCCAGACACUGGAGUGAACACAGGUGUCCAGUGAGGCUGGGCCCCCAGGAGGAGAGAAGACUAGAUUGGGAUUUAGAAAGUUUCCAGGCAGAGAGCUCAUGCGCAUCCCUCAGGGAGCUGUGCUGGUCAAAGCGGUGUGCUUCCCAAACCAGAGCCCUGCUCCACACCUGCACGGGCGCCAGAAGCCUGUGUCCCUGUGCACUCCCGAUGGCCUCGUGCUCCUGAGCAAAGGAGCACUGUGGCCACGGUAAGCGGGCGCCCACCAACGUUGUUAAACGGCAGAUGCUUUAAGUAGCUGGAGAGCAUCCAGCCCGCAGUUGGCUUCUUCACAUCCCUAAACCUGAGGCAGCCUUGGUAUACGCUCUAUGAGUGCUGGCCUUCAUGUCUCUUCUCUGCGUAGUUCAUCAGCGUGUCUGAAAUGUCUUCAUUCAGCGUGAGCAGUGUUGAGUGGGUUUGCCUCUCCUGUGUGGCUCCACAGGAGAUGGGCAGAGUAAUUAAGAAGUUACCAGAAGCUGAUCAGCUGGGAGCAUGUUUCUUCUGGAACUAAUUAAUGAGCAAUUUUUCCUCUUCCCUGAAGUAGCAUACCCUUUUCUUGUUUAGUAAUUUAAUGGUAUAUAAAGACGUGUACCUGUAGGUGUACACCUGUGAGGUAGGGCUAUGAGGCUGUGUAUGGGGUUGCUUUUCUGAAGCCCCAGGAGAUCCACGUGUUUCAUCUCACCUCCCUCCCUCGGAAGGGAGCCCCGUGGGAGACUCCACACUGAUCGCUGCAGGGCUGCCUGGGUGCAGCGUGCGCAAACGCCUCUAUUGGCAGGGACUGCGGAGCCUCGCAUGUGCAUUUGAUUAUUCUUAGACAUGAGAAAUCUUUGUCCUUGAAGAGGGACUUAAGUUUGGAAAUAAUCCCAAGUCAUUCUCUCAGUUGGCUAAAUAAAGAUGUGUGAUGAGGUCACCCCAUUUUAGCUUAAAAAAAAAAACCCUGAAGAUGUUCCUUGGAGUGAGUCUUUGCCCUCCAGGAGCCUCUCGAAGUGACCGCUUCCGAGAGGGACAGUCUUCAUAAAUACAUGUAACUUCUAGUGGAUUCACUUUUAAAAUCUGUUCUCGCGCCAUGUCUUGUAUGUGUCAACAUCUCUGCACACACCCGGUGUAAGUUUGUACGCGCUAGUGCACCCCUCCCGCAGGCAGCCUGUAAAGCCGUGCUAUGCUUAGUGCAUGUUAUAGUCGUGUUAUGCUCCAGUGAGGUGUUUGUCACGAAACUUGGCUUCGUUGCAGAAUUCAAAUAUUGUUCUCAAUAUAGUGAAGUACAUGUACGGCAUUUUCUUGUAUCAACUCCAGAAGCUUUGAUGCCCAGUGGUGUGUUUACAUGUGAUUUUGCCUAGGACUGUGGUCACAUGUAGACACCUGUGACUAUUUAUUACAAAGCAGAAUGUAAGCAGUUUACCCACAGUGGUUUUCUUGGAGUUACGGUGUCUUUCCCCUUUGAGGAGUGACCGUGGAACCUCCUCCUCCACGAGGCACUUACAGAAUCUGUGGGACUCCGGGAACAAGGGCAGGUGCCUGCAGCUGCCUUGGCCAGAACCCGACGGCUCCGGUGCUGCCCCGCCCAGGCCUGCGGUGUGUGUGUCGCGUGCUUGGUGGCCACUGCUGUGUGCUCUGUGGCGGACGCCGGGGUCACGCUGGGGCAUCUGAGUCUGCUGGCCUGUGCUGAAGGGCGUGCAGAGCCGCACAGGUGGGCGGGCCUGGGCACCGAGUCGGGAGAGCCCAAGAACGCCGUGUGUGUGUCCCCGAAGAUACUGAUACUGUUGGUUGGCCAAAGAUUUUCCUCUUCUUUGCUGCUUAAACUUGUGCCUUAAUAUUGUAUAUAA